CACAUGGCCAUAUGGGAUGAAGGUGUUGGUCAUGUGCUAGUUUUUACGGGAAAGGAUGCGCCAGGUACCUGAGAAAUUUCACCCAUCCAACCAGGAGGUGCUCGUUUGCAUCUAGUGGAUGUCUUCUUUCAGUGCUUUCUUGGUAGAUGAUAGUGGUGUCUCACGGGUGAUGCUUCCUAACAUCUGUUAGAAUUGGCUUCGCUGAAAAAGCUUUGCUUGAAGUUGAUGAGAGGGUGCUGAGGAUAGAGGGAUUCUUCAAGGUUUGCGGAUGUGAGGCGAACUGAUACCGGAGUUUACCAAGAAGCUUUGAUGUAUUUAGUGACUCUCUUUAGUGUUCGAAUUGUUUGGAUGUGACAGCCGUUGUCUUCAUUUAUAGUAUUACUCAGCUACACCUUCUUGACUUCAUCUUUGUGUUUGAAUUGGCUUCACUCUAAAGCUUUGUAAGUUACCUUUAUGAGUUGCACUCUACUACUGUGGUGCUCAGUUGUGACUUUCCCUCCUAGAAGUGCAGAGGUUGGCCAAAGUGGUGCCAAAGCAGAAUCAAUGAGCCUUCUCUUCUUUGAUAGGCUGAUGAUGCAAAUAAAGUACUCCUGUCUUGGGAACUGUUUGAACUGCGAACAUACAUAGACAAAACACCCUGUGAGUUGAAACAUACUGCAGAAUUGGGUCAUAGAAGCAUUUCCUUAAUAGCCAGAUUGAAUAGUUCUUGAGCAUAAACAUUUCGCCCUUGGACUCUUUGGUUGGGCUGAGAUAUUCUUUAACUGAAGAAAGUUUGCGGUGACGUUGUUUGAGAGCAAGAUGACGGCCGAAACUCUUUACCUGUGUAACUUCCGCGUGUCUGUGGAUGGGGAGUGGUUAUGCCUUCGAGAGCUUGGUGAUCUUAACAUGUCCCCCCAGCUACAGUCCCCUGCCGAAGAAGAUGACAGUGUCAUCAAGAAUCCUGUGUUGGUUGAAAGAGCCAAUCUUCUCAACGUUGCUAAGCUGUGUAUCAAGACUUUGAUAGAAUCAGCAAUGGAGGAAGCUAGGAUACUGGAUGAUGAGUAUGUCCCUCUUCAACAGUUCUUUGUCGUCAUGGAGCAUGUCAUGAAUCAUGGGGUCAAAGGUAAGAAGACAUUCCUGGAGAAGAAACGUUCGUUCUGGAACGCUGUGGAAUCAUUGGAGAAAUCCCUUCCAGACUUCUCAGAAAUCAUUGACAGUGUGAGGAAUCUUCCUGGAAUCAAAACUAGUUUAGGGAGAGGAAGAGCUUGGUUGAGACUGGCGAUGAUGCAGAAGAAAUUAGCUGAUUAUUUCAAGGCACUCAUUGAAUCCAAACACUUAUUAAGUGAAUGGUACGAGCCCACAGCUUUAGUAAUGGAAGAGGAAGCCAUGGUCAUCGCCGGUCUCCUCGUCGGCCUCAACGCCAUCGACUGUAACUUCUGUCUAAAGGGCGAUGACCUCGACUCCGCACCAUCAGUCAUUGACUUCAGCAUGUACUUUAAAGAUGGCAACUACCUUGAUAAACCUAUGGAAGCUUCGUCUGGAUCCCCAACAGUGCCAACAGAGGUCAACCUUGCCACGUUGCUUGACCAGAAGAACUAUCUUGAAGAGCACAAUCGUCACCUGACCUCUCAGAUAUCGGGGCUUCACGCACGCAUCAAGGCUUUGGAAGAUUCUAAUGCUAGUAUGAAAGGAGAGCUUGCUAUGGCCAACAAUAACAUCCUGAGUAUACAGGCAGAUAAUGAUUUACUAAGAGCGGAGAACAAUACCUUGAAACAUCAUACAGAGAAAAAACUAGAGAUGGUGAAAGCAGAUAUAGAGACAGAACGAGAGACGUAUAAUACUUCUAGACAAGGUCUUAAUGAGAUGUACACAGAAGCAAAGCAAAGAUUGCAACAAGAAACACAAAUGAGACUGGAUGUUGAGCAGGAGCUCCAGCUUCAGAUAAGCCUUAAGAUGGAGAUGGAGAUGGCGAUGAGACUUCUAGAGAAAGAUAUCCAUGAAAAACAGGAUACAAUCAUAUCGUUACGGAAACAGCUUGAAGAUAUCAAAUCUAUUAAUAUUGAUCUCUAUAAGAAGAUUCAGGGCACUGAAGAGACAAUGAAACACAAAUCUGAACUCGUGGGAAGACUGGAGGAAAAGACCAAUCAGAUGGUGGAAACCAUCAAACAGCUUGAGGAAAGACUACGAAACACGGAACGAGAUAAACAAGCUUGCGCAGAAACCGCCAGAAAACUUGGGAUGCAGAUCGCGGAGAGGGACAUUAAGUGUUCCAACCUGGCGGCCGAUCUGAAAGUUGAAGGAGAGUGGAGGGCCACCCUACAGAAGGAGAUUGCACAGGAGAAGGAGCUGAUCUCCCAGCUCCAGGCGGAGGUGGCCGAUGUGGUCUCCCUCAGGGAGCAGCUUGCUUCUCUCUUGGCGAAACACGAGGAGCUCGGCAAGACAUGCCAUGAACAGGAGCUGGCGUUGGCCGAGAUGGGAUCAAAGCUUAGCGAGUCUCAACUCAAGAUGGACUCCAUGAAGGAGGUUGUCCAGUCGGCCGAAGGAAGGGUUUGGGCCGAUGAUAAAGACGUCAAGAACUGUAUGACUUGUGAUAAACCAUUCUCAGUUUCCAGAAGGAAGCACCAUUGUAGGAACUGUGGCGGCAUCUACUGUGGUCUUUGCUCCGACAACCUCAUGCCUCUGCCCUCGUCGGCGAAACCGGUCCGCGUCUGCGACAACUGCAACACAGAGCUUCUUCAGCGCUACUCUGCGACAUCGAGAUGAACCUGGGACGCUCUCCCCUGUCAAGUCUUGCCUGCUAUCUGUAUGUCUUAAGUUGAAGCUAUCAUUCCUAUCCAUUGACUUUUGCGUAUAUUUGCUGGAUGUAUUGCGCUUUGCUGGGUGAAGUUACAGAGGUGCCAUAUUGGUAAGCCCUGGCUGGCACCUGUUGAAUCAUAUGUCCAGCUUGCAUUGCUGUCCCAUACCACAGAUGCUUAUACUUACUGGAUGGCUAGAAUAAUGUACUGAAUGAAGUCAUUUGGGUGCCAUGUUGGGUAUCUGAAUCCAUUGCAAAAAAUGAAUUUUACUGUUUGGGAUUUCCAACAUGGCUGCAGCAAGCUUCGGAUCGUGUAGGGUCAGUGGUGCACAGCACAUGAACCAGGUAGUAUCCAGUAAGCAUUUCACUCUAUGAUCCUGCUGAAAACUAGCUAUAAUCAUCCUUUAUGCAGCUUCGUGAAAGAAUUCAUUUUAAUAUAGGCAUCUCACCAAAUUUAUAUCCAAACGCAUUAUCUCACUGUGGCUUUACGGAUCUCUCAUUGUUUGGUCAAUGCAGACAUGGGAUGAAAAGAAAAUAGAAGGUGCCGCGGGAGAUUCCAUUUGAGUAUGGGUAUAAAAACAAAACUCAAGUCCAUGGCCCGUAUUCUGAAGUCGGGUUUAGCUUAAACUCAGGUUUAAAGUU